AUGAUGAAAUUUAAAAGAUCUAAAUUGUAUAGUAUGAUCAAGAAGAUUGCCAUAUUUUCGGGUAUUUUCUUUGUCAUUCAGGCAACAUCCAACUUUUGUUUGCAAGAAAAGGAGCUGACAGACGAGGAGUUUUAUGAUGCCGUUCUUAUGAAACAUUUUGAGAAUAAGAAUAACAAAGUGAUUGCUGCAGAAUGCCCGGAUCCAAAAGACAAUUCCACGUGUCUUUAUAUAAUUGACAGAAUUGGAUAUUUCAAAGACGGAACAUGGUUCGUGGCUCGAUUUUUGACGCCUGCACCUCAUCUCAUGAAAGGAUUUUUGUCGAUUUCACGACUAGCAAAGCCUGUUUUCAAGACAAAUAGGACAGCUAACACAGCUGAAUGGCCUGUUGAUGUUGGUUAUAUGGAUCCUCUCACUCCUAAUGCCGUGGAAUUCACUACACUUUUUUCAACUGGUCAUUUCCCGUUGAAUCAUGAUAUUACUCGAGAUGUUACGUUCCUUGGUGUUGCUACUGGUGGAUUAAUGUCUUUUAUGGCCGAGUAUUUCAAAAAUAUGAAACUCACUGGAGUUGAUAUAGAUCCCCAAUCGGAAUACUUGGCAAAAAAGUGGUUUGGAUAUCAAAAUAGGAAGAAUGAUCGAAUUUUUAUUGCCGACGGAGCUGAGUUUAUCAAGCAGAUGGCCGAGAAUGGAGAAACUUCUGACGCAGUUCUAGUUGAUGCUUGUCAUAACACUGAACCCGUGGAUGAUAUAUAUUGCCCAGUUGCUCCCAUUCGAACACCAGAAUUCUUGGAUAAUCUAUCAAAAGUUAUUGGAACGAAAGGAAUGACUACGUUCAAUGUCUAUAUUCAGAAGGCUACAAUUGAUAAUUAUGAAAGAAUGAGAGAUGAUUUCAGUAAACAUUUUCAUGAUUGUAAGCUCAUUAAUUCCAAACAUUUGCUCGCUAAUAUGUUUUUGGUUUGUUCCAAUAAAGGUAUAUAUGAUAAUGGUGUCGAUGUAAACAAGACGAAGAAAUUCUUGAGAAAUAUGAAAAUUGAGCAGUUUUUGAGAAACGUUAUCUGAAACUGAACAGCUGUGCUCAAAUAAUAUCAUCAAUCCGUGCUCGUCUCAUAAAUCAAAAAACGCUCAGAUUGAACCAGCUGCUGCCCCCAGCGGUCAUCCCCUGUCUUCACAUUCUUUAAUGCUGCUUUGUCAGCUCUUUUAAAUAAAAAUGACUCUUCUCCCCUUUACUUGUCUAAUUUUAUUGUAUUCUCUUGGAUCGGGUAUGUUCAACUGUUAACUAGGGUAAAAUUCAAUUGUUUUUAGCAUUCUGGUAUAAUAAAAAAAUGUUUGGAA